AUGUGUCUGACACCCGUUUCCAUUCGGUUCUCCUACAACCUCCCUAACCCUGUCGUCAUGCACGACAGAUUCAUGGGGGUCAUGCGGAUAGACGAACUCUGCGAUAUGGUUCUUGACCGGUUCACUCCCGCGUCGAUCGCAGCGUUUCGCAAGGUCAACAGAGACUUUCGCUCCCGCGUUCUGGAGUAUCUGCGAUCCCGCCACCGUAUUAACCGCGCCCUCUCGACAUUUUUCGAGUACCCCUUAUCCUUCCGUCGCGUUCUCUACGAGUGCUCCGCACUCCUUUCAGGGAAGUUCGCCCUAAGUUUUAUUGGACGACUCCGGUGGGAUGUUCGCCAGCUGGACAUCUACGUUCCUCGAUACCGCGUUGAUCGGCUCACCAUGUUCCUUCGUGGCUCUGGAUACCAGUACUCCCCGUUCCCUGGUCAGCGUCCUAACCUCCUUAAUGAGCUAGUGCGCGAUUGGCAUCCCAUCCAGUUCGACAACAAGUCGGGGCGUCCCUUCCUCUGUCCCACUGAACGGUCGCGGGGUGUUAACGCCAUCUUUCGUAUGAUCAAACGGCUGGACAAUGGACGUCGUCUCACCAUCCUGAUCAUCGAGUCCGUCGACGCUGCAAUGCGCCCAAUAUUAAACAUGGAUUGCACGAUUGGGAUGAACAUCCUGAGCCAUGACCGCGCCUAUUGUGCCUACCCCAUCGGAACAUUCGAGGCGAAGGCCGGUCUGGUGAUGCCUCAAUCGGAGGUUAUAGAUGGCAAGGGCCUGCGCGAGCUGUGGAGACAUGGCUGGAGGCUUUUUGACUCCGCCUCUCCUUUCGUUGAAGCAUGCUUCCCGGACGUCUCUCGGUGGUUGGACGACAAAUACAGCUACACAUUCGACCUGUGCACCCCGCCCAACGAGCGGUCCUUGUUUCAACUGCCAAUCCGCGGUACAUGGCGACGGCUCCCCGACCCCCUUCAAGUGACGAACUGGCGCCUGCGCUACAGCUCCAGCGGACUGGGUUUCAUGUGUUUCUCGGCGGUGGUCUCGCGAUCGUUGGCCAACUUCUAUAUAAUUCACGACGAGUCUCUCGUCCGCGGAAUGCGUCGUCUAUUUCGAGCCGUGCUUCGCGAUACAUGGUACACGAACCACGACGAAGUUCUGAGGGAUGCUCCCAGCUUCGACACCACAUCCAUCUGGUCGUUGUGA